AUGUUCUUCCUCUUGCUGUUUAUCAGUUCCAGUCUCGUUUCGGAGGGAUGGAGUAGCAAGUUUUAUGAAGAAAACUAUGAGCAAGCCUUCCAACAAGCGGAAUCUGAAAUCCUCCCGUUUCAGCCGCAAUUUUCGAAGGAUGAUUCGAUGAUGCUCAAUUAUAGUAUUGCUGCAUUGGCAGCAAUUAAGGUUUCAAAAAAGAUAAGAGACCCAUCGUCCCCCCAAAAACUGCCUCGCAACCUUUGCCCGCUCAAAAAAUACAAAUGUUCCUACGGGAAAUAUCGUCACUUCGAUGGCCGAUGCACCAAUAUCUUCUCCCCACUAUCCGGCAGCACGUUCUCCCCAUUCUCCAGACGUCUACCUGCCAACUAUGACGACGGAAUUUCCCUUCCGAGAUUCCAUGGCUACCGUAAUCAUCUGUUACCGCCGGCGGAUGUAGUCGAGAAGCAGGUGAUGAAGAUCCCCGCGAAAUUCGAAAUUCCAUUGACUCACACUUUUUUGGAUUUCGCGGAGUUUUUGUAUAGUGAUUUGGCGAGAUUUGUGAAACUUCAAGAUGGUGUGAUCGGGUGUUGUGGAGUCACUGGAAGGAGUGGAGGGGAGUGUCUGAAUAUUGGAGAACACCACCUCGACUGCUACAUCCGCUCCGCACCGGCGCCUUUACCCCACUGCUCACUGGGAGCACGGGAGCAAAUGAAUCUCGCAACGGCGUUCAUUGAUGGCGGUCCCAUCUACCAGGAUUUGAAGGAUUUGGAUUUUUCGAAAUCUCCAAAAAUCUCAUCUUUAUUCUCCACCGAAUUGGACUCAAAAUCCGCGUUCCAUAAUUUGAUAAUUGAGGAGCACAAUUGGGUGGUAGAUCAAAUGCAAAAGACGUUUCCCGAUGCGAGUGCCGAUUUGAUAUUUGAGGAGGCAAGGAAGUUUGUGAUAGCCGAGAUACAGCAUAUCACUUUUGAAGAGUUUUUGCCGAUUGUGUUGGGCGAGGAGACUAUGGAAAAAUACGAACUCCGCGCCGCCCAUUGUGACGGUGGGUCUUGCCACGAAGUUGAAGCGAACACUCUAAACGAGUACGGUAGCGCCGUUGGACUAUUCCACAAGUUUAUGACAUCUGGUGAUAAGUCUUUAAUUUUCAAUCCUUCAUUGUAUUCUGAAUCCUCUGGCACGUCAUCUGGGCUAAAAUUAUCCGAAAUUUUAAUGAAAGGGCGGGAUCACGGGAUAGCGACGUAUGCGGAGUGGCGGAAGGAGUGUGGCGGUGGAGAGGUGACGUCCUAUGAGCAAUUAAUCGGCCUAAUUGAUGACAGAAUACUCAAAAGUGUGAGGGACCUGUUCCCCGAUAUCCGAGACGUCGACUUGAUUCUCCUAGGCGUUGCUGAGAAUCCAGUGUAUGGAAGUUUACUGGGACCCACUUUUGGGUGUAUUAUGGCGUUGCAAUUUCAAAAAACAAAAUUCGGCGACUCCUACUGGUACACUAACAAAUUGAACGAUGAGCAACUGGAAGAAGUGAAAAAAGUAUCAAUUAGUGGAUUGAUGUGCCGGAAUCAGAAGACGUCAAUUAUUCAGAAAGACGGGUUUCGAGCUCCCGAUAAUUUUCAAAACAUCCCAAUCUUCUGCAACUCGUCAGUCUUCUCCCAACCAGAUUUCUCCAAAUGGUUCCGCCCGGAGAAGCAACUAAGGACCGCCCAAUUUGACUCAAUCCUUGGGGAGUGUAUCCGUGACGUCUCCGAAUCCAGAAGACGUCGUCAAUCCGCCGGGAAUCUGAGAGAAGGACUUCACAAUUCUGUUGCAUUGAAAUCGUAUGGAAGUAUGAUGUUGGCAAAAGAUGAGGCGGUGAAUGAGGCGAAUGUUUCGUUCAUUUUAUUGGAGGCAACACGGAAAUUGGUCAGAAAUGUUGUGGAUUUGGAGAGAAUUCAGGGAAUUUAUAUUGGGGAAACGUUUGGAAAAAAGAGUGAUGAGUUGUGUAAUCCAAAGGAUUUCCCAUGUGAUCUCACGAAUCCGUAUAGAACCUACACAGGUUGGUGCAACAACUUAGCCACGCCCUCCUUCGGUAACACGUUUCGCGAGCUCAAACGUCUUCUACCACCGGCCUACGAAGACGGUAUCGACCUUCCCCGCUCCAAAACCACCACGGGCGCCCCGUUACCCUCUCCACGUGUCAUUUCGAAUACAGUACACCACGCGAAGAAGACGGAACACGUGAAGUACUCUCAUUUCGUGAUGGAGUUUGGACAAUUCAUCGACCAUGACAUCACUCACUCGCCGGUAGAUCAAAAUCCAGAUGGGACACCGUUGAAUUGCUCCAGAUGUGACUCAAGUCAUACGGUAUCCCCGUCAUGUUUUCCGAUCGCUAUCCCUGAGACUGAUCUACACUUCGCGCCAUUUUCUUGUCUAUCAUUUGUCAGAUCACUGCCCGCACAGAAAACUCUUGGAUAUAGAAAUCAGAUGAACCAGGUCAGCGCGUUUCUCGACGGAUCAGUGAUGUAUGGGUCCACAAAAUGUGAGGGCGAUCGGUUGAGAACGUUUCAAGACGGAAAAAUGAAAACGACGCAGUUAUCGCCGGCGAAACGACACUAUGGAAUCACGUUGAGCCAAUCGGAUGAGUCGGAGCAAGAUGGGUGUGUGUCGUCGCCGGAGGCGCCGUGUUUUAUUGCAGGCGACGACCGUAACUCCCAACAAACGCUUCUAAUCGCUGUCCACUCCGUCUUCCACAGGGAGCAUGAAAGGGUCUCCAGUAUAUUCAAAGAUCUGAAUCCUCACUGGGACGAUGAGAAAAUCUAUCAAGAGACCCGAAAACUGAUAUCCGCCCAGUUCGCACAUAUCGUAUACCACGAGUACCUUCCGAUAGUCAUCGGCCAAAAAUUAAUGGACGAUUUUGAUCUACGACCGAGACAGGAGGGAUACUACGGUGGUUACGACACAAAAUGCGACGCCUCUAUCCUCCAACCGUUCGCCACCGCCGCCUUCCGAUUCGGCCAUUCUACAGUAACCCGAUUCACGCCCAUGCAGGAGACGGUGUUGGAGCCCGCCACUAGGGUCGUUGAUCUAGCAGCGGAUUUUUUGAAUAUGUCGAAAAUUUAUAGCGAGACGGAUGCGGUGGAACAGAUUUUAGGUGGAAUGCACGCGAAACAUCAGAUGAUGACGGAUCGAUUUGUGGAUGAUGCAGUGAGAACAUUCUGUGGUCUCUCCCGUCUUACCUCUUUCUACUCGAUAUUCUCUGACAUUGAUCAAGAUGGGCUGACAGCAAUCGGAAAAGUCUACGAGUCACCAGACGAUAUCGAUUUGUUCACCGGUAUCGUCGCCGAGAAAACCGUGCCCGGCGGGAUUGUUGGACCGACGGCCGCCUGUAUUAUAGCCGAACAAUUCAGACGGUUGAAGAAAUGCGAUCGUUUUUACUAUGAGAACUCCGGGAAAUUCAGUGUGGAACAGUUGAAAGAGAUACGGAAGGCUACGACGAUGAGUGCGUUGAUUUGUGGGAAUACAAAGGUGUCGAAGAUAGCGAAAGAUGUGUUUUCUGUGCCAGAGCCGUUUGGAAAUCCCCUAAUCGAUUGUGAUCUGUACCCAAAACUAGACUUGUCAAAAUGGAGGGAUGCGAAGGAUUGUGUUCACAAGGGGAAGACGAUCGCAUUGCAUUCGACAGCGGAAAUCAGUCCGUGCACAAAAUGCACGUGUACUAGUGAUGGGAUAAAAUGUGCAUUUGUCUCCCCCGACUGCCUGGCUCACACCAAAGAGACCCUCGCUGAGGACCCAAUCUGCUUCAUGCAAUGCGCCCAUCAAAUCAGAGAUAUCUAA